UGACAAUACAACUAAUUUCUUUUCCGGUUUACCGUCAAAACAAAAGACUUCUUAUAAAAUGGCCAAGUCAAAAAAUCAUACAAAUCACAACCAAAACCGUAAAGACCAUAGAAAUGGUAUUAAGAGACCAAAACGUAGCAGACAUGAAUCUACUUUAGGUAUGGAUGUGAAAUUUUUGUGUAAUCAACGUUUUGCGAGAAAAGGAUGUACAUUGAGCGCAGCGGAGCAACAGCAAAAGCAUAAGGAACGUCUAGAAGCUAGAGCUGGGAAACCAAAACCAAUCAAGCUAUAAAUUUUAUGUAAAUAAAACAUAAGCCAAUAUAAAAAUACAAAACAAA